AUGACCAGUGGGUUCUUCUCUCGUGAAACGACGACGUACAACACUAGCUCCGGCAGAGAAGUAAAGCACCAAAAUCUAGCCUUUGGUUGUGGAUUUGAAGUUUCUGGGCCGAGCGUCUCUGGCCCAAGUUUCAAUGGGGCCAACGGAGUCAUGGGUCUGGGCCGUGGCCCCAUCUCCUUUGCCUCCCAACUGGGCCGGAAGUUUGGUGACAAAUUCUCCUACUGUCUCAUGGACUACACUCUCUCUCCUCCUCCGACGAGUUAUCUCUUAAUCGGCGGCGCCCACGACGGCGUUGGCAGUGAAAUGUCGAAAAUGACCUACACACCAUUACAAAUUAAUCCCCUAUCUACUACAUUUUACUAUAUUGGGAUCAAGAAUGUCUUCAUUAAUGGUGCGAAAUUACCAAUAAACCAUUCAGUUUGGGCCAUUGAUGAGUUGGGCAAUGGUGGGACCGUGGUGGACUCGGGUACGACCCUGACUUACUUAGCCAACCCGGCUUACCGUCGGAUCCUAACGGCGUUUAAACGGCGAGUGAAGCUGCCGAGCCCAGACGAGCCGACUCUGGGUUUUGAUCUUUGUGUCAAUAUAUCUGGCGUGUUAAGACCGAGUCUACCCAAGAUGAGUUUCCAACUCGUGGGUGACUCAGUGCUCUCGCCGCCUCCGGGGAACUACUUUCUAGACACGGCAGAAAAUGUCAAGUGCUUGGCAUUGCAGCCAGUUACGUCGCCGUCGGGUUCCUCCGUGAUUGGCAAUCUAAUGCAACAAGGGUUCCUUUUCGAGUUCGACAAGGAUCGGUCCCGACUCGGUUUCACACGGCACGGUUGUGCUCUACCAUGA